CGGUCACAACCACGACUGCUUCAUCAACAAUUUUCCGCCGUCCAUCCCGUAACCUCGACCAACCUCUUUCGCUCGCUCGACCAGGCGUACCGAGCGAGAUCGACUGUUGCGGCCAGGCGGCGAUUCGGCGGCGGGCGUCUGUGGCGUGGAUCGGCCCGUGUUUCGCCUUACCCCUCAUCCCACCCUUUGUAGCCCCGCAAUCGGUUCGCGCGCCCAACCGUACGUGGCUGUAGGAGUCUGGCGACUCUGGGCGAUAGCAGCGUCGCGAAGCGCGCGGCGGAAGGAGAGGUCCAGCGCUAGAUCAAAAGAAGAGAAAAAGGCAGAGCUGGGCCAUCGCAGGGUGUGCGACGUUUACGACGCCAAGCCAUUCGAGCCAGUAGCGGCCUUUCUAUUCUCCUCGGCCCCCUCUCUCUUCUUCCUCUUCGUCCCUGGUCUUCUCAUCAUACGCCCCGAGCCAUCUUAUAAUCCGACAUGCCGCCUCGAAGCCUCAUCACCGCCGCGCGAGAUCGCUACAUCAAGACGAUCCAAUCAGUGCAGCCACCGACAAGAUGGAAGAUCCUCGUCGUCGACAGCUUCACAAAGACGCUUCUCAACAGCGUCCUUAAGAUGUAUGACAUUCUCCAGCAGAAUGUCUCUGUCGUCGAGAACAUCGAAUUCAACCGGCAACCCCAGCCCACGUUCGAAGCGGCCUAUUUGCUGUGCCCGACGAGCAGCAACGUCGAGCGAAUCAUCCGCGAUCUUGUACCGGAGAAGGGAGCGACACCACAAUACGCUGCUGGUCACGUCUUCUUUGUCGAUGGCCUCUCGGACCAGCUUGUGCAGAGACUCACCUCGUCGCCUGCCGAACCCAAGCUGCGGCAGCUCGUUGAGCUCUACACGAACUUUUGGCCCACGGAAGCACAAGUGUUCCUGCUCAAAACGCCCCAAUCCUUCUUCACCCUCUUCCAACCACCGGGCGGUGCAUUUGGUCCCGAUCCAUCAGAGGCGCUCCACGCCAUCGAUGAGGAGCUACAGUUUGCAACGCAGGCCCUGCUCAACAUCUGCGUCACCCUCAAUGAAUUUCCGCUGAUUCGCUUUUACAACCCGUCGCACCCUCCCUUGGGCCCCCUCGUGCAGCCGCUAGACGCACAGCAGGCUGCCCAGGCGUUUCAGGGCAGUGCGCGCAUGGCCAGACUCCGAGGCGAGUCCGGCGCCGGCUCAUUUGCCAAUUCGCUUUUGGGCGAGCACUUUACCAAGCACCUCGCCUUUAGGCUCUCGGCUGCCUUGGACAAGUACGUGGCCGAAAAUGAGCCAAAGGCGGACCCGGGAAGACCGAGGAGCAUCGCCUUCAUCACUGACCGGUCCAUGGACACUGUCGCGCCCUUUCUCCAUGAGUUCUCCUACCAGGCCAUGUGCCACGAUCUCCUGCCGAUUCACGACGACAAGUACAGCUACUCCUUCUACAAUGCAGAGGGCCAGCGGGAGGACAAGGACGCUGUGCUGAGCGACGAUGACGCCGUCUGGCAGGGUAUCCGGCACAUCCACAUCGCUGAGGCCAUCGAAAAGCUCACGAGAGACUUCAAGGCGCACGCGGGCGAGGCUGGUGCAUUUGGAGGGGCUUCGAGCCUGUCAGACAUGAGAGAUAUGCUGGCAAGCCUGCCACACAUGCAGGAGAUGAAGGACAAGCUGAGCCUCCAUCUCACAAUGGCGCAGGCGUGCAUGAACAAAUUCGAGAAGAGCAAGCUGCCGUCUCAGGCCAUGGUGGAGCAGAAUUGCGCGACAAGGACCACACCAGAGGGUCAGAAGCCAAGGACGCUCGUUGAGGAAAUGGUUCCGCUGCUCGACGCCCAAGACGUCAGCAAUGCCGACAAGGUUCGCAUCAUUGCGCUGUACAUCAUGUAUGCAGAUGGUGUGCCCGAUGAGGAUCGAAAGCGUCUCUUCCAGCAUGCCCGGCUCGGCCUGGGCGAGAUGGAGGCCGUCAACAACCUCGUCCAUCUCGGUGCGCGUGUCGUCAAAGACCCAGCCAACUCGGGUUGGGACGCCUUUUUCAAAAAGGGGAAAAGGAAGCAGGUCUCGGGGGAGAACGAAUACGAGCUGAGCCGCUACCAGCCACUGGUUAAGCUCAUGAUCGAAGAUCACUUUGCCGGUCGUUUGGAUACACAGACUUAUCCGUAUGUCAAAGACGGGCCUCCGGAAAGUGGCGGUGUUGUCAGCGGUGUUGGUUCGGGUGCUUCGGGUCUCGUUUCCUCGGCGUGGGGCGCAGCAGGUGGCGGAAGAGACUCGCCUCUGGCAAGAGUCGGACUAGGCCGCGGCGCAUCCUCGGCUCCUGGGGGAGUUGGGACGCGGCCGCAGCCCAGCAGCUUGCGUAGCGCGAAGCCCACUUGGCACCAGAAGGGAAGGCCAGGCGCUGCGGGAGGAGGUGGUCCGGGGGCCGGGCAGACGGGAGGCUCAUCGAGCUCCAGCAAUGACUAUGGAAGAGGAGACGGCAACCGUCAACGGGUAUUUGUUUUUGUCGCCGGUGGCAUGACGUACAGCGAGGUCAGAAGCGCGUACCAGACGAGUCAGAAGCUCAACAAGGACGUCUACAUCGGAUCGUCGCACGUCUUUACGCCGGAGAGCUUCAUUGGGAGCAUUAAAGCAUUUGGCAAGGCAACAAAUGUCAUGGCCGGUGGAAGAGAUCGAGGAGGCAUCCCGCCUGGAGCUUCCCAUCUCAGGGGGCCGGAGAACGAUGUGAGCGGGUUGAGAACCACCUCGAGAGCCGCUGCAGCACAAACGUCACCCAAGAACAAAUUGUUUCAUCCUUCCAAGGAUCCGGCCUUUGUCGACCCAGUACCCUCUCAGAGUACGUAUGAUCGACGAUUUGACCGACCAGAUGCACCCACGGCCCAAUCGCCUGUCGUUGCCGCGCAUGGACCAUCGUCUUCUUACAAUACUCAUCAUCAACACCACCAUCAACAUCACCACGAGAAUGGAUCAAGGACGGGGGCACCGCCACCAUCAUCUGCCAUACAUGCAGGCAAUUAUGCGCAGCACCAACACCACAUGGACCCGACCAAUGCUAGCAGCGUGCGAACCGGCAGCCCGGCUCCAAGUUCGACAAUGAGCGACGGGGGCGCCAAGGUAAAGGACAAGAAGAAGAUCAAGAACUUCUUCUCGUCUAAGAAAUGAGUGAGAUUGGCCUCCCUGUUUGCCCCCCGCUCUCUUGAGUAAGUCUCACCUCCUGAUGUUCUGCCCUCCUUGCUCGAAUCCGAGUGUGGAGGAUGCUCAACGCGGUCAUGUCGAAGGAAGACUAAAAAUACCUAAUCGGAUCAUGCUCUUGUUCUGUCUUGUGUGAAGAUUCACGGCGUGUAUGCUGAUACCAAUUGCCUACUUCACUGCAUCGCUCUCCUGUGUCACAGGAUCAUCAAGACCAAUGAACGCAAGGAGCUGCACGUCUAGGCUGCUCGGAAGAUUAAUGAUAGGUAGAUUGCUUUUGACGCAGGUCCUUCAUUAGUCUGG